AUGGUCAAUAACUGCCCAACUUUAACGGACGGGUGGAGAGAUUUCAUUCUCACAGAAGACAUAACCAUAGGGUACUUCUUCGUUUUCCGUCCGAGGACCAUCUUCGACUAUGAAGUGACCGUGCUUGAGCCCAACGGAUGUGAGAGGCUGCCACAGCACACAUUUAGGGUUGAAAUUAAGCCUACUCAUGUGGAGCGUGCACGUUUGGCAAUCCCAAUGACGUUUUGGAGGGCUCACAUACAAGGCCAGUAUUCGAACUACAACUCCGCAAUACUGCAAUUUGGUGACUACAGGUAUGACGUUGAAAUAAUCCAGGGUCACGGGAAGAAACUCCUUCAAAAUGGUCGAGCUCGACAGUUCAUCGAUGACAACAACAUUGUUGUAGGUGAUGUUUGCACGUUCUUUCUCCUCCCAGGAGAUGAAGUUAUAAAGUUCAAAGUCAAAAUGUAG